UCAGAGGGGGGGCUGUUUGAGUGGGAGGAGUCCGGGAGCUGCUAUUUGUAGAUCCUUGUGAUGGAUGACUGCUGUGUGUGUGUGUGCGCGUGUGUGUGUGUGUAUGUGUGUGUGUGUGUGUGUGUUUGAGGGAGAGAGAGAGAGAGGGAGAGAGAGAGACAGCGUUUUUUUUCUUUCUGCUGUUUCCCUACUCCCUUCUCCACGGGCAAGCAGAUGAGGGCUGGAGAGAAAAGGAGAAAGACGUAGGCACAGCACAGCACAGCACAGAACACCGCAGAAGGAAAGCAACUCCGUAAAGAAAGGGAGAAAGACAAGGAGAGACUUUUUGCUAGGAAGUAAAAGGGGCCAGAGAACGGACAGCUUUUCAUUGCAUUCACAAGGAAGACGUCUCUAUUUUUAACACAUCUAUUCACCAACCCCCUGCGGACUUAAAUUACUCACGUUUUCCUAAAUCAUAUUUUUAUUUAUUUCUGUUUUUGUUAUUGUUGUUUUUUUUUUUUUUUCAUUCAUCGUUUUUUUUUGGCUGCUUUUACCCCACUCUUGUGGAGUGAGUCUUUGUGCAGACCUAGCAGUGUCAGGAGACUGCCUGCCUGCCUGCCUGCCUGACUGCCUGCCUGCCUGACUGCCUGCCUGCCUGCGUACGAGCUGAGAUCUGAGGCUGGUGCUGACUGAACAUGCCCGGGAGAGGACUCAGUGGAGGUGCCACUAUGGGGCUGGCCGGGGCAGGGCUGUGCCUGCUGAUUUGUGGUGCCCUCCUGGCAGGCGCUGCCAACGCGUGCCCUGCUCUCUGCACCUGCAGCGGCACCACCGUGGACUGCCAUGGACUGGGGCUCAAAACCGUGCCCAGGAAUAUACCCAGGAACACAGAGAGACUGGAACUGAAUGGAAAUAACUUCACACGCAUCAACAAGAAUGACUUCGCUGGACUGAAGUACCUCCGAGUCCUGCAGCUAAUGGAAAACCAGAUUGGAGCCAUCGAGCGCGGGGCCUUUGAUGACAUGAAGGAGCUGGAGAGACUGCGUCUGAACAGGAACCAACUCCACCAGCUCCCAGAGCUACUGUUUCAGAAGAACGCCGGCCUUUCCAGACUGGAUCUAAGUGAGAACUUCAUCCAGGCCAUUCCCAGGAAGGCCUUCCGUGGGGCCACAGACAUUAAGAACCUUCAGCUGGACAAGAAUCACAUCGCCUGCAUCGAGGACGGCGCCUUCCGAGCACUGCGGGGCCUGGAGGUUUUAACCCUGAACAACAACAACAUCAGCAGUAUCCCCGUCUCCAGUUUCAACCACAUGCCCAAGCUGCGGACAUUCCGCCUCCACUCCAACAACCUGCACUGCGACUGCCACCUGUCCUGGUUGGCCCAGUGGCUGCGCCAGAGACCCACGGUGGGCCUGUUCACCCAGUGCUCCGCCCCGGCCCCCCUCCGUGGCCUCAACGUGGCCGAGAUCCAGAAGCACGAGUUCUCCUGCUCAGGUCAUGCGGAGAACGCCGGCGCCCCGUCCUGCAGCCUGUCGGCCGGCUCCUGCCCCGCCAUGUGCACCUGCAGCAACAACAUCGUGGACUGCCGGGGGAAGGGACUGACGGCCAUCCCUGCCAACCUGCCCGACAACAUGGCUGAGAUACGUCUGGAACAAAACGGAAUCAAGUCUGUCCCUCCCGGAGCCUUCUCCCCCUACAAGAAACUCCGUCGGAUAGACCUCAGCAACAACCAGAUCUCCGAGAUCGCCCCCGACGCCUUCCAGGGUCUGCGCUCCCUCAACUCGCUGGUCCUGUAUGGGAAUAAGAUCACGGAACUUCCAAAGGGAGUGUUCGAUGGCCUCUACGCCCUGCAGCUGCUGCUGCUGAAUGCCAAUAAGAUCCACUGUGUGCGGGCCAACACCUUCCAGGACCUCCAGAACCUGUCGCUGCUGUCUCUGUACGACAACAAGAUCCAGACGCUGGCCAAGGGCACCUUCUCCUCGCUGCGUGCCAUCCAGACCCUUCACCUUGCCCAGAACCCGUUCAUCUGUGACUGUAACCUGAAGUGGCUGGCUGACUACCUGCGCGCCAACCCCAUCGAGACCAGCGGUGCCCGCUGUGCCAGUCCUCGGCGCCUGGCCAACAAGCGCAUUGGCCAGAUCAAGAGCAAGAAGUUCCGCUGCUCCGCCAAAGAGCAGUACGUCAUCCCAGGCACCGAGGACAGCCGCCUGAACAACGAGUGCAACAACGAGCCCGUGUGCCCGCCCAAGUGCCGCUGCGAGUCCAACGUGGUGGACUGCUCCAACCUGCGCCUGACCAAAGUCCCCGAGCACAUCCCCGCCUCCACCACCGAGCUGCGCCUCAACAAUAAUGAGAUCACCACACUGGAGGCCACUGGUGUGUUCAAGACUCUCGCGCAGCUCAAGAAAAUAAACUUCAGUAACAACAAGAUCACCGAGAUCGAGGACGGAGCUUUUGAAGGGGCCUCGUCUGUCAUCGAGCUGCACCUGACUGCCAACCAGCUGGACUCGGUGCGCAGCGGCAUGUUCAAAGGCCUGGAGGGCCUCCGUAUGCUAAUGCUCCGGAACAAUCGGAUCAGCUGUAUCCACAACAACAGCUUCACGGGGCUCUACAAUGUGCGCCUGUUGUCUCUCUAUGACAACCAGCUGACCACCAUCGCCCCUGGAGCCUUCGACACCUUGCAGACACUCUCCACUCUGAACCUGCUGGCCAACUCCUUCAACUGUGACUGCCGUCUGGCAUGGCUGGGCGACUGGCUCCGCAGCCGCAAAAUCGUCACGGGCAACCCACGAUGCCAGCGGCCAGCUUUCCUGAAGGAGAUCCCGCUCCAGGACGUGGCAUUUCCAGACUUCCGCUGCGAGGAGGGCCAAGAGGAUACCAGCUGCAUCCCGCGCCCGCAGUGCCCCAGCGAGUGUACCUGCCUGGAGACGGUGGUGCGCUGCAGCAACAAGCAUCUGGGCUCCCUGCCCAAGGGCAUUCCCCGCAACGUCACCGAGCUGUACUUGGAUGGGAACCAGUUCAGUAUGGUGCCCAAGGAGCUCUCCACCUUCAAAUACCUGCAGCUUGUGGACUUGAGCAACAACAAGAUCAACUCUCUGACCAACUCCUCUUUUGCCAACAUGAGCCAACUCACUACCCUAAUCCUGAGCUACAACGCCCUGCGCUGCAUCCCCAAUCUGGCAUUCAGUGGACUGCGCUCCCUCCGUCUACUAUCGCUCCAUGGCAACGACGUCUCCGAGCUUCCUGACGGCAUCUUCAGUGACGUGGCGUCGCUGUCACACCUGGCCAUCGGAGCGAACCCUCUUUACUGCGACUGCCGCCUGCGCUGGCUGUCGGACUGGGUGAAGACCGGCUAUAAGGAGCCUGGCAUCGCCCGCUGCGCUGGUCCACAGGGCAUGGAGGGAAAGCUGCUGCUCACCACGCCUGCUAAGAAAUUUGAGUGCCAAGGUGAAGUGGAUCCCCUGGUCCUGGCCAAGUGCAACCCCUGUCUGUCUGCCCCUUGCCACAACCAGGGCAUCUGCCUGAGGGACCCGGUGGACAUCUACAAAUGCACCUGCCCCGAGGGCUUCAAGGGUAAGAACUGUGAGACGGCCCUGAACGCGUGCGUCAGCAACCCCUGUGCCAACGGAGGAACAUGCCAGCUCAUUGGAGAGGAGGGUGACACCUUCAGUUGUUCCUGCCCGGCUGGCUUCGAGGGCCUCACCUGCCAGGUGAACUUCGACGACUGCGAGGACAACGACUGUGAGAACGGCGCCACCUGUGUGGACGGGGUCAACAACUACACCUGCCUGUGCCCUCCUCUGUACGCAGGCGAGAUGUGCGAGGAGAUGGAGGAUGUGUGUGCCCCUGGUCGGAACCCCUGCCAGCACCUGUCCACUUGUCUCAUCACUUCAUCUGGUCCCCAGUGUGUGUGCACACCAGGUUAUGUGGGUGACGACUGCAGCAUGGAUUACGACGACUGUCAGGACCACCGCUGUCAGAACGAGGCUCAGUGUGUGGAUGAGCUCAACGGUUACUCUUGCUCCUGCAAUGAAGGCUACAGUGGUCAGUUGUGUGAAGUGCCCAAGUCUCCCCGCUCGCUCUGUGACAUGGCCGACUGCCAGAACGACGCCCUGUGUGUGGAGCGCUCGGGCCGGGCCAUCUGCCAGUGUCUGCCGGGCUUCGGCGGCCCUCGCUGCGAGAAGCUGGUCAGCGUCAACUUUGUGGACCGGGACUCCUACCUGCUCCUGAGCGACCUGAAGAACUGGCCCCAGGCCAACAUCACGCUGCAGGUGUCCACAGCGGAGGACAAUGGCAUCCUUCUGUACAACGGAGACAAUGAUCACAUUGCUGUGGAGCUGUACCAAGGUCAUGUAAAGGUCAGCUACGACCCUGGCAACCAGCCUGGCAACGCCAUCUACAGUGCUGAAACCAUCAAUGAUGGGCAGUUCCACACGGUGGAGCUGGUGACCUUCGACCAGAUGGUGAACCUGUCCAUCGACGGCGGCCUCCCCACCACCAUGGACAGCGUGGGUGCAGCGCGGCCCCUGAACGGAGACGCUCUGCUUUACGUGGGGGGUAGGGGCCCUCUGCAGACACCUCCCUCCACCGCAGGCAUGCCGGUGGACGUGCACUCGGCCGCCCUCCGCCUGUGGCAGAUCCAGAACGGCUCCAGCUUCCACGGCUGCAUCCAGAAUCUGUACAUCAACAACGAGCUGCAGGACUUCACCAAGACCCAGAUGAAGCCGGGCGUGGUGCCGGGCUGCGAGCCCUGCCGGAAGAUCUACUGCCUGCACGGCAUCUGCCAGCCCAACACCGCCGAGGGCCCCGUGUGCCACUGCCAGCCUGGCUGGAGCGGCCCGCAAUGCGACCAGCCCGCCACCAACCCAUGCCAAGGCAGCAAGUGUGUUCAUGGGAAGUGUAUUCCUCUGGAUGCGCAGUCCUACCGCUGCGAUUGCCAGGAGGGCUACCGUGGUGCCCUGUGCAACCAGCAGGGGGAGCUCUUCAACCCCUGCAAGAGGCUGCAGUGCAAACAUGGCCGCUGUCAGAUCUCCGACACUGGCGACGCCUUCUGCAACUGUGAGAGCGGCUACACUGGAGAACUGUGUGACAGAGAGUCGGAGUGCCGAGGAGAGCCGGUGAGGGAUUUCUACCAGGUGCAGCGCGGCUACACCAUCUGCCAGACCACACGCAUGGUGUCGUGGGUGGAGUGCAGCGGCGUGUGCGACACGGGUGCCUGUUGCGCCAGCCAGCGUAUGAAGCGCCGGAAAUACACCUUCGAGUGCAGCGACGGCACCUCCUUCAGCGAGGAGGUGGAGAAGACCAUCAAGUGCGGCUGCGUGGGGUGCAUGUAGCACGCAUGCUCACCGGAGGGGGCCCCCACACACACACACACACCACAGAGUGAGAGCGUGUCAGGGAAAGAGAGAGAGAGAGAGAGAGAGAGAGAGAGAGAGAGGGAUGAAGAGAGAGAACGGACAGAAGAGAGAGCCAGUGCGAGCACGAGAGUUUACAGAAAUAUAUAUAUAUAUAAAACCUCUAUCUAUAUAUUAUGGACAACAAUGUUUGUAUAAUAGAACAUUUCCUCCUUCUUCCCCGACGGCGUACGACGUAAGGCGGGGAAAAAAAAUGUCAUUGUCAUCGAGAAAAAAAAAAAUGAAAACAGAAAUCAUUGUACGUACAACAUUGUUUUCAAAAAGGGGGGUCCAAGAAAUUUCGAGAGGUGUUGCAUUCAGAUCAGACGCCAUUUAAAUAGUCACACACAUGGCCUGAGAUUUCAGCCCUCAUAUUGCUUGUCCGCCAGGUCACUGAGAGCCUCAUCGCCCCACCGUCCGGAGUUUGCUUCCAGAAAAGCAGUUGGUAAAAUGGGAAACAGCACCCCAUGGUGCAGUGGUAGAGUAUUAGCAGAUGUGUGGACAGAGAAGGAGGGAUGGUCUCUUGGGCUGCGCCAUUUAUGAUGAUUGCAGAUGGAUGCAGUGGUCAAGCUUGUGGAUUUGAAAGAGUUAAAUGAUGGACUUUCUUGGACCUAGGGAAACAUAGAGCAGCAUCUCAAGGUACUUCCAGAAUUUCGUUCACGAGUUAACUGGCUUUAUGGCUCAUGCACACACGUUUACUCGCAGAUGGACACACACACACACACACACACACACAGAUGUGGACACAUUCAUACAGCUUACAUACACACAUUCAUAAAUGUAAAGUACAAAAUAGGCGCUGAGAAAGGCACAUAUUAAAACACACACACACACACAGAUGGCUUUGGAUAAGCUGAGGGGUUUUUUUGUACAGAGAGGAGAGAUCGAACAAAGACAUUGCGAUGCUUCAUUACACGGGACCUUUGCAUGUGCCCCAGCACAACACGCUCCAGAUCCCACAUCCCAGCUCCCAGCUCCCCGCUCCCCGCUGCCAGACGGCUGGCCCUGGCUGCCGGAGUCCGUCGCCUCCCUCUGGAUCCCUUUCACUUAGAUUGAGUAACGGCCCUUAGGGUUUUGGUCCCACAUGUUGAAACACACUCAGCAAUGGGAGAGAGCUGGCAGAGUCUCCAAGGCUGCAUCCAUUGGAUGGUGUCAUUCAUGUGGCUUUACGUGGCAACCAUGACUUUGUUUUUGUUUGUGUCCGGAUUUUGGUUUAGUUUUCUUUUUUUUGCACUGUCAUUACUACAAAUCUUUGUUGUUCUAAUGUAAGGCAUUGUUGUCAGAAUGUACCCGAACAGUUCAUGAAGAAAUACACACAUUUAAAAAAAAGAAAAGAAAAGAAAAUACCGGACUAACUGCUGCCUCCAUGCUUUAAGCUCUGUGUCCCGCGUGUCCAAGGCCACGUGAUACACACUGAAUCAUCCCGGAUGACCAGAUCCCAGUUAGGGGUCUUCCUCUGGGGCUGACCAGGGCUACGUCAUUUUACAGAUUUAGGUGCUGUCUAGGGGUACCCUGCCAAGUGGCUUCUGAUUACUUUGACAUGAUCUCCACCCCCACCCAACCCCACCCCAGCCCCCCAAAAACACCCACAUACAGUACACACAGCAAGAGCUGCUCUUCCUGGUGUGAGGUGGUAGUUUGGCUGCGCUGUUAGUGCCCAGUGCUGCCCAUUGUCCUAGCAUGCGUUGUCAUUGCCUUAGCAUUGGGAUGUAAUGAAUAAGCCCUUCCUGUUUCCUCUCCCCAACCCUACAGUGUGAGCAGGAGUAAACUGCUCCUACUCUAUGCCUGCAGUAUUACUUGUGCAAACUCUUGCAUGUUUGGAAGAUCUUGCAAAUGGUUGUGUAGAGCUUUUUUUUUUAUUAUAAUAAAUAUUAUUAUUGUUAUUACAAAAACAAACACUUCAGCGGCUUCAGUUUAGUUUGAUCUAAUUUUGUUUUGAUUUUUAUUGUGUUCUUUUUUUUUUAUUUUGAUUGUAUUUUUGUUUCCUGAUGUAACCUAACUCCUUUAGCCCUCUCUUUAUACAGAAAUGCCUAACAGAUUCUAAUAUAUAUUUGUAUUUCAUUUUGGUAUAGUAUUUUUAUAUGUUAAAGAGUAAAUCUGUUUUCUGGAAGCUUCUGUGGACAAAGGAAGAAUGACCCUUGGUAGGCUCCCUUAACUGUUGAUUUGUCUGUUUAUUUGAAUUGCUCAAACAAACUAGUUUGUAAUUGGCCAAAACAAGGUAGCAAAUGGUUGGCCUUGUUAUAUAGGAGGCAGUAUUGAUUUAGAAAAAAAUGUUUAAUAUUGUAUAUGUUGUCUUCCAUGUGAAUAUUACAUCUAAUUCAUUUGAAAGUCUGUGCUUUUUUAUUUAUUUAUCUAAAGGCUUUUCCUGAUGUAGAAUAUAUAAGGCAUAAUAUUUGUUGCUGAUUUCCAAUAAUAAUGAAAAAAUGACAAGUAAAAAAAAAAAAAAGAUAAAAAUAAAAUAGUCAGAAAAGGGGGGAACGGCUGUAAGGUAUUGGCGACAUCACUUGAAAGUUAGAAACUACAGUGUUGAUUUCUCCUGACUUACACAUUCCAUCCACACAAACCAGGGCAGGGGUCGGUCAUAGGGUGAAAUCAUGCCGGUUACAAAUGGAAGAGAUUGUACCUUUUGUGUUAAAUAUUCUACUUCUCUGUUGUUCCAAUGUAAGUAUGAUGCUUGUUUUAACUUCACUUUAGGUGAUGGUCAGUCAUUUUCAUUUCAGUGACACAAGCCAUCAGCAAAGACACAAAGUGAACACACAAUCUGGUACAACACGAGACUCCAGUAAGUAAGGGUGGGCCCCAUGUUAUGUCAACUCUCUCCCAAAUGAUAUUGCUCAUGCCUUUGAACAUGGACUGUUUGGACAGUUUGGGGAGUGCUUUAGCUGAUGUACGACAUCCAUUUUGGGCAAAACGUGACUCCUUUGGUCUGGCCGUGCACAACGUGUGUACCUGAUCCAUGAGAACGCGCAAGCGGUACCAGUGUCAGCUUGGCAAAAAUGCUUCCACCAUGAAACAAACAGCAAACAAGGAGCACUACCCUCGUGAAGUGGUAACUUUCAGCAGUGUGUUUACGUUUCACUGUACAGUACAAUAGAUAUUGCGUGGCCAGUUCUGAUUCUUUUACUUUUUUUUUUUUAUGUUCCCUUGCUUCCUUCCAAGGUGGGAGGGGAGGGGUUAGGUGGUGACAAUUUCCAUACUCUGCUGCUGUGGACUAUAAGUGACUAUUUUGUAGCCCCUCCUAGAAGAUGAGCCUCGUCUUUUGAAAUGGAGGUGAGCGUGGUGACGCCCACACCACCCCUAGCACAUCGCAUGUUAAUGAUGCAUUUCCAUCUUUCUGGGGAAUUAAAAAAAGAACAAAAAAAAACAAAAAAAAAGUUAAAGGUCUUUAACAGUCUGUCCUUCCCAGCCGUUGCUCUUAAGACGGCUGAUCCUGUGGUCCGGGAGCCUCCCGCAGCAUUCUAAGCUAUACCCAUGAUCCAUGUAUUGUGAACGAUGCAGUGUCGCUGUUGUAUUGAACAAGUGAAAGAAUCGUUCCUGUUUUGUUUCCUACGGAUGUGCUUCUUCUGUUGCUUUUCUUUUCUUUUCUCCGUGAAGUCUCCAGGAUUUGAUGGUUAUAAUUGAUAAUUGCAGUAAUUCUGAAUGUAUGUAGUGCCACCAACAAAAUGUUUACUGAAAAUCCACCCCUUUUCAUUCAUUAAAAAAAAAUGUGUGUGCUUUUA